AUGAAUCACUACCUAAGAGGCCUCAACUCGAUAAUCAAGCGCGACGUUCGACUAACCUCUGCCUCUUCUUUCCGCGGAGUAGUGGACAAAGCCUUGGAAGCCGAACAAGACGAGAUGGAAAUCCGACAAUGGAGACCUCCUCAUGAUGCCUCUUCUCGACCAUGGAAGAAACCGAACCUCAACAACGCCAAAGGAAAACAACCGAUCAACCGAGCAACCGUGAUCCCGAGCAACAAGCCCUUUUGCCCCAAAUGCAACCGAGAGCACUCAGGCGAUUGUGUUGCCGGAACCAACCAUUGUUUUCGAUGCAAGAAGCCCGGACACAUGGUAGAUUGCCCUAUCGCCCCGAGACAAGUGCCGGGACGAGUAUUCGCCAUGACUAGAGACCAAGCCGAAGCUGACCUGUCAAUGAUCGCAGGUACCGUUAAUGUGUAUAAUAAUUCCGUGUAUGCCCUCAUCGACUCCGGAUCAACUCACUCAUUCAUCUCAAGUACCCUCGUUGCCGAACUCCGCCUAGUCCGUAGUCAAGCCGAUGCCUUGUUUAGCAUACUCAUUCCUUCCGGUGAUGAACUUAAAUCCUAUUUCAUCAUCAAAGAUUUCCCUAUUCAGAUUCAUAACCAAACCCUAGCCUCCGAUCUGAUCAUCCUACCCAUUAAACAUUUUUAA